AUGUCGACUCUAUGGCAUUCGGCUGUCUCGAUUGCGAAGCGAAUCAAUAUCCCCAUAGUUGCAUCCUACUCCCCAGCGCAAAUCGCUGAGCUUCAAAGAGACCCAUGGUCCCGGGCUGGUAAAUACGGCCUGGGUUGGGUAUAUUUCUGUGUGAUUCUACUUGGCAUCGCAACGGUGGUGCGGUUUUACCAUACAUGGGGUGACAAGAUCCGAAUCGCCCUGUACAAGGAGGAUCCCACGGCAGCUUCACCCGGCUCUGGUAGCUCUCAGAAUGAGUAUGAGCUGCCAAGUGCGGCCACCGACAGUUCCACUGCGCGGUUUUUCCCAGCUCGAGGUCCUUUGCCGGGCAGUAAGAACGUGAAAGAACAGUCUUCGGUGUCUACAUUUGCGCCGAUCAACAACACCAUCGCAUUCGUGCGCUGGAUCUUCUAUCGGCCAUUGCCAGUGCUACGAGUAUGGAAGCUCCGGGUUGUGCUUCCAUCACUUGGGGCAUCCGCUAUUGUUCUGGCGGCCCUGAUCUUCGUCACGCUCUAUUCGUUCAUUCCGCAGCCUCUCUACUACACCUCCAUUGCACUUGGGUCCCCUCCGUUGGCCAUCCGCGCGGGAAUGAUUGCCGUGGCCAUGAUCCCCUGGAUUAUUGCGCUCAGCACUCGAGCCAACUUCAUUAGUAUGUUGACCGGUAUCGGUCAUGAGAGAUUGAAUGUGCUUCAUCGAUGGGCGGGCUACCUCUGCCUUUUCCUGAGCUUAAUUCACAUGAUUCCCUUCUAUGUGGCACCCGUCUGGGAAAGCCAGUCCUUCAUAUACUAUCAGCAACUAUUUCCACGAAAUAUAUACACCUACGGAACGGGCCUCGCUGCUCUCGUGCCUCUGAUAGUCUUGUGCCUCCAUUCCCUGCCCAUCCUCCGAUCAUGGAUGUAUGAGCUCUUCGUGACGGUACAUAUGCCGCUGUCCAUUUUCUUUCUCGCCAUGCUCUUCUGGCAUUGCAAGAACUUCUUGACAUCGUGGGACUAUCUCUGGGCCACUGUUGCGAUCUGGGUGGCAUCGCUCAUUGUGAGAGUCCUCUAUCUCAACUGGACCAACCCUUUACGGCUUUCCUUCUUGAUUGGCGAGGAGUCUGCAAUUACCAUCCUUCCCCAGAACGCUGUCAAGGUGACUGUUGCCACCCGAAUGCGAUGGAAACCGGGCCAGUACGUGUACCUGCGCAUGCCAGGCAUCUCCGUUUUUGGACGGCACCCUUUCACCAUCGCCUCUCUCUGCAGCGAUGACUUCCCUUCCGAGUAUGGGGAGGAGCACCGGGAUCUCGCCCUCGUCUUCCGACCCUUCGGCGGCUUCACCCGCCAAGUCUUCCUCAAGGCUUUUGAAUACGGUCCGUACAAGACCUGGACCGCUUUCCUGGAAGGUCCGUACGGAGGCAUGCGCCGCGACAUGGCCGCGUUCGACGACGUGACCUUUUUCGCUGGUGGAAGCGGCAUCACUGCCAUUGCGAGCCACCUCCUCGAUCUGAUCAAAAAAAUGCGCGACCACAAAGCAGUGACCAAGUCCGUCCGAGUCGUCUGGGCCUUCCGGAACCCGGAAUCAGUCGAAUGGUUCAAAGAAGAACUCCAAAUCUGCCGAGACUCUGCACCACUUAACUCCGUCCACUUCCAUUUCUUCCUCACCACUGGAACCUCCCCUCUAUAUCCGGAGGGCCGCGGGCUCUCCUCCUCUGACCUCGUCCAAGAGAAAAUCUACCAUACACUCCAGGGCUUCGACAAACGAGACUCCGCAUUCAUCCGCGAAGAAGCUGCCGGCGACCCGGAGAUGGAAAAUGAGCUUCGUCGCGAGAACGAAGACGCAAUAACUGCACUACCAGUCCCAGCCCCCGCGCGCACCCUGCCCCCCAUCAACACAAGCAGACACUAUUCCCAAUACCACAGCUGGACAGGUACAGGGUCAGGAUCAGGGACACCUGACAGCGUCGAGAAGAACUCUCCGUUUGAUUUCUCCUUGACCCCGACGACGACAACGGCCAGGGGUGUUCCGCGCUUCGCAUCCCUCCCACUACACCGACGCAAUGGAUGGCGCAUUGAUUACAUGCGUCCGGAUAUACCGCGUCUACUGACCGAGUAUUCGCGGGAUUUUGGUCGUCGGGCUUGCGUGUUUGUCUGUGGUCCUCCCAGUAUGAGGGUGGAGGUGGCGCACACGACGGCCCGACUGCAGCAGCACGUUAUAACGGAUUCAUCCAGGGAUGAGAUCUUUCUGCAUGCGGAGAAUUAUAGCAUUUGA